AUGUCUUUCAAGAAUGAUGAUUCCCACCACCUCCACAAAAUUGGAGGCUGGAUGCAUCCAGACUAUUCUGCCCACCAGGAAUGGCUGGGCGGUAUCAUCAAGCAUGUCGAUAGCAAAGAACAUACUCUGCACCCAGUGCUGAAAGAGUUCCAAGACUUGAUUGAAAGUAAUACCCGAGUCUAUGCGCUCAUCGAAGGCAUGCUCAGAGAAGUCCCUCGCAAGAAGCCCUACCACACAGAUCCGACUGGUCAUCCCGAGAUUCGUGACUACCACCACUUCCUCCGCGUCCUCAAUCACCUCCUCACCACCGCACCCUCAUGGACCGACAAAGCUCACCGCGUCGGCCUAGUUGGUCUGCCUAUCAAUGCCGUCUUGGACUGGCCUAUGGGUACGCCAAGUGGUUACGCAGCAUUCCUGGACCCCGAAAUCAACGCAAUGCUCAAGAAGGUCCUCAAUGCGUGGGGUGAAUACUUGCGUUCUCCAGCUUCCGCUGAAGUCUUGAAUUCAUCUUCUCUGGGAUGGUUCGGCGAGACUGGAUACCACGACCUGACGACCGUUGCAAAGAUUGGCCCAUCGGCCGCUGGGAACCUCGAGUUCCAUGAUAUGUUCCAGUGUGACCCGUCAGCACCACACUAUGGUUUCAAGUCCUGGGACGAUUUCUUCACACGACUGUGGCGUGACGGCAUGCGCCCGGUCGCGGAGCCUGACAACGGCCGCGUUAUCGCCAACGCUUGCGAGUCUAAGCCGUAUAGGGUCGCUCACAAUGUCAAGGCUCGCGAUCGAUUCUGGAUCAAGAGUCAGCCUUACUCUGUUCUUGAUAUGCUUGGACAUGACCCUCUGGCUGAGCAAUUUGUGGGUGGAACUAUCUACCAGGCUUUCCUCAGUGCAUUGAGCUAUCACCGCUGGCAUGCGCCCGUUACCGGAAAAGUGGUUAAAGCCUAUGUGGUUGAAGGCACGUACUAUUCCGAGCCGUUGUUCGAAGGCGUUGGAAACCCGACUGCUCGAACUGAAGAUAUUCGUCCUGAAGGCCAGACUAUCUCGCAGUCGUAUAUUACUGCGACUGCUACGCGUGCCUUGAUCUUUAUUGAAGCAGAUGAGCCUGCUAUUGGCCUGAUGGCAUUCAUUGGUGUUGGCAUGGCGGAGGUCUCGACCUGUGAUAUCACUGUCAAGGAAGGCGAUCAUGUCAAAAAGGGUGAUCAGAUUGGUAUGUUCCACUUUGGUGGAUCGACUCAUUGCUUGCUCUUCCGUAAGGGUGUCGAUAUUUCUGGAUUCCCCGAGCCUGGCAUGGAUGAAAAUAUGCCUGUUCGCAGCAAGUUGGCCACUGUUGCAUAG